AUGAGAAUCUUCCAGGCAGGUCCUUUAGCAGCUGCGCUGUCCGUUUUUAGCGGACUUGCUUCGGCUUCUGUUUUCCAGAACAACACUUAUGACUACAUCGUCGUCGGUGGUGGUCCCGCCGGUAUCAUCAGCGCUGAGAAAUUCGCUGAGGCAGGAAAGAGAGUUCUGCUCCUCGAGCGAGGUGUCGGCCCUACCGUUGCCACCGGCGCCAAUGAGACUCUUGAGUGGAACCACUCUUUGACUCCCAUCGAUCUCCCCGGACUAUCCGCCGACAUUGGUAACCUCGAUGUGUGGAACCAGUACAUUUGCUCCGACACCGAGGGAUAUGCUGCCUGUGUCCUCGGCGGUGGUGUGACCGUUAACUACAUGGUCUUCGUCCACCCACCUGCCCGCGACUUCAACGACAAGUGGCCCAAGGGUUGGAAGUGGAAAAAUGUCGAGCCUGCUGCUGACAGACUCUACAAGCGCAACCCCGGAACCAUUCAGCCUUCCGCCGAUGGCAAGCGCUACGACCAGGCUCUCUACAACGUGCUAUCUAGGUUCCUUGGCGGUCUUGGCUGGAAGUCCGUUGAUAUGAUCGCCCAGCCCAACGAGAAGCACCAUGUCUACAGCCACCCUGCUUGGAACCUCAAGGACCAGAUGCGCGCCGGUCCCGUCCGCACCUACCUCCCCGACGCUGUCAAGCGCCACAACUUCCAGCUCGCGCUUGGCACAAAGGUCAUCCGCCUGAUCCGGUCCGGUAGCGAGGUCACCGGCGUCGAGAUUCAAAACGCCGCUGGCAACUCCGAGAUCAUUACCCUUGCUAACCAGGGUCGCGUGGUGCUGGCCGCCGGUGCCCUUUCUACUCCCCGUGUCCUGUGGAACUCUGGCAUCGGCCACAAGGCUCAGAUUGAAAUCGCUAAGAAGAGCGGUGUUACUGUUCCUCCCCAGGCUGACUGGAUCGAUCUUCCCGUCGGCGUCGGCCUCAAGGACCACCCCAUUUUCUCCAUCGUCUUCAACACCAACACCUCGUUCGGUCUGGUCGACUACGACGGUGUUCUCGACGGAACAGACACCGCUGACAUCUCUCUGUACCGCAAGCACAGCGGUGUCCUGACCCAGGGUAAGCACCGCAUGAUCUUCUUCGAUUCCCAGGAAGUCGACGGCCACACCCAGUACUUCCAGGGUUCCUGUGCACCCACCGCUGAGGGCGUCGUCACCAUCAGCACCUACCUGACACACGGUCUUACCUCGUCCGGUGUCCUUGGCCUCGACUCCACUGGAAAGACUAUCAUUGAGCAGUCGCCCUACCUCCAGACCGCUUCUGACCGCAAGGUUGCCCGCUCUUUCAUCCAGAGGAUGGUCAGCCAGAUCACUGCUCCAUCUACUGGGUUCGAGCUUGAGACCUACCCUAAUGUCUCGGCUAUCCUCAAGUCUCAGAGCCCUGGUAUGCACUACACCAGCACUGCCAAAAUGGGUACCGAUGAUGGCCGCGACAACGGUACUUCCGUUGUUGACACCAACACCAAGGUUUACGGAGUGGACAACCUGUUCAUUGUUGAUGGCAGUAUCCACCCUGACCUCCCCACUGGUAACAUCCAGGCUACCAUCAUGGUGGUUGCCGAGGCUGCAGCAGCCAAGAUUCUUCGCUGCUAA